AACCUCCUUAAACGGGCUGGGUUUCGUUUAGUUCAUGUCUCGUGCCAAUUGCGCCGCUCUAGCUUGUGUUUCCUUUUAUUUUUGUUUUCUUUCGUCCUGCUGAAAUGAAAUGUCCAUCUCUUGCGAACAGCUCUGCCCUUUUCUAGCUGAAUUCGGUAGAAGAUAUGCUUGCGCGUUACAGUUGAAAUACUUCGAUUGGCAGGCACUGAUAUCUCACUUGUGCCAACUGCCAUUUGACAGCUGUGAGAGUCACAUUGAUUCGCUCUUGAAUUUGACUGUCGACCACCCUCAUUUGAUUAAGUACCCAAUAAAACCAUCAUACAGGAGAGCAUUUUUAAAACAAUUCAUUAAUAAGAUAGAAGAAUGUGAUAUAUCUCAUGAACGUACUUAUGAGAAAUUGAUAGAAGUUUUGGCGAGUGAGAUCUGCACCGAGGAUAACUACCACUUCAAGCAUUUUGUGAUAGGGGAUCACUAUAUAUCUUUGAAGGAGAGCGUCAGUGCUAUUUCUCAAGGAACAACAGGGCUUUGUACUUGGCAGGCAGGAGUCGCACUAGCAAACUGGGGGAUAAGGCAUAAAGAGUUUCUUUGUAAUAGAAAGGUGCUUGAGCUGGGGAGUGGAUCCGGCCUGACUGGUCUUGCACUUAUAUAUUCUGACGUAACCCCGUCGAGUUAUAUAUUUUCCGAUUGUCACCCGGCAGUUCUCAAGCAACUCCAAUAUAAUAUAAAUCUCAAUAAUCCAGAAUCCAGAACGGAUUCGCUUAAAACACUGCUCGAGACUAAUGUCAGGAUUUUAAGCCUGAAUUGGGAAGACGUAGAGUACACGAACUUUGAUCCGCAGUUCAAACCUGAAGUCAUUUUAGCUGCAGGUUAGUGAAAAAAACGCACUUUUAAUCUUAAUUAGGAUAAUUUAAAUAAAUGCUUAAAGCAAUAA